AUGGAUAAUUUAUAUUACUUCAUGGUGCAGAAUAAUAGUGUACAACCAAUAAUUGUAAGACAACCAUCAGCUAUAAUUAUCCAUAGUCAACCGAAAUUACCAAUAACAUUGGAUUUACCAUCUCAAAAUAUAAUUUUAAAAAGUGAUGAACCACAGCCAAUAAUAGUUAGACAGCAAAAUCCAAAUGUCAUCAUUCAGAAACCACAAAAUGAAUUUUACAAUAAUCCAAAAUUGGCAGUUGGAUUACAUGAGAAAUUAAAUGAAAUUAACAUGCAUAAUUUAAAUAUAAUGGAUGAAAGAAAUAAUGAAAAUAUAAAUGCAUUAAAUAAUUCACAAUGUAUUGAUCACGUUGAUCCAUCCUACAUUUAUGACAAUCAUAAUAUUGCAUAUACAAAUAAAAACAUCCCUAUAAAUAAUAUGUAUUUUAAUUAUACUGCUUUAGAUAAUGAAAAUAAAUAUGCACAUUACAACACAAUGCCAUAUUCUAUUAACAAUGCAGCUUAUAUUAAUCCCAAUUAA